ACAGGCAUUAGCAAGGAGGUGCGAGUGGAAGAGCAUGCGCUGGUGGAUAAUGUUUUUGAAGAACAGCUUGUUCUUUCUUUGGAUGAUGACGACGAUGAAGAGGAAUGCCCAUCUUCAAUAUCUGUAAAUGGGCAUCCCAUGCAGUCCAGUGGAGUGCAGAGCCAGUUCACCCAGCAUGCUACAGACCCUCUGCUCUCCGUGAUCAACAGCAGCGUUCAGACCAUCACACAGCGGACACAGGAAGAAGAUACUGACAUCAAGUAUAGCGUCAGUGGAGUGACCCGGGACAGCACAGGGACAGACAGCGGUUUAUGGGACACGGUGGACUCAGAAGAUCUCCUGCUAGCCACUGACACUCCUCCACCAUAUUCAGAGGAUUUCUACCCUCCCUCUCUACCCUGCUUUCCCGCACUCUCACCCCCUGACCAGGCUCUCGCCAGGCUAAACCGUCCCGCCUCCUCCGAGCUGACCCGUCAGAGAGAAAGUCCGCCCAUGGACACCUGCGACCUCAGUCCCAGUCUAGUGGCUCUGGAGAUGGACAGCGAAGAGGACAGCACAGAGCCAAAGUCUCCAUUCUCCCCGCUCUCGUCAGAUGAGAAAAGUGAGAAAAGUGAAGACAAAAGGGAAAGCUUUCGUCCUUCCCCUGACCUCACGUGCACCCGCAGCCAGUCUGCCUCCUCAGCAUGUGAACCCACAACAAAAGAAUUGGGGGACCAGGGGAUUCGACUGCGUUCGUAUUCUUACUCUUCCCCCAAAAUCAGCUUGCGUCCUGCUCGUUUUGCCCGGGACAACCACACGUCAGAAAUCAGCCCUGAUGCCGUGCUCCACAGUGUCAGCCACAGCCGAUCUCUCCUUCAGGCCCUCUCUCUGUCUAAAUCUCUGUCUCUUCUCCACCCUGGUAAGCAAAGAGCUUCCAGUAUAUCAGAGCAGUCACAUGAAAAAAGGGAGAUUAAGUUCCGUAAGCGAGCCCAGUCUGCGGAUGAUGAGGGCAGCAUGGAGCUAGCAGAGUCCCUCCAACAUCUCACCCUGUCUGAGUUCCUCAAAGAAAUUGAAGAGGAGGAGUUGGAUAAGUACAACAUCCCGACAAAGGUGGAGUCAGAGAAGUACAAAGUCAUCCGCACCUUCAGUUUUCUCAAGAGCAGGAUGUCCAGUACACGCAACAAGACCAAGGGAAAGGGGAAGGAUAGAGAGGCCAAGGAUAGGCAGAUGAAUGGACAUCGGUUCAACACAGGGGCAUGUUUGGGCCCCAAUGUGUGUGUGGUGUGUGAGAAACCGGCAUCUGGAAAGGACCUGCUGCAUUGCUCUGGUUGCACUACUAUUGUCCAUAAGAGCUGUAAGGAAUCUGUGCCUCCAUGUUUGAAGAAACUUCAGGAUAAGUAUGCUGUUACCAUGGUAAAGAACAGGACAGCAUCCCUCCCACAGAAUUUCACAGUGAGAGACAGUCCUCCUCAGUGUGUGAUCCCCAUCUCUACCUCUCUGCCCAUCAUGAAGGACACUGCAACCCAGUCGUGCCCUGUUUCUGGGAUUUUACCAAACAGUGACAGUCGGCUCAGUGAGAGUCCAGAGACGGAGUCUGAUUCCUGGAAAGUGACCAGCCGAUCAGAGGAGCUCCUGCCAACUCCGGACCAGAAGCCUCCAGUCAUCGCACUGCAGAAGUUAAUAGUGCGAGAAGUAGCAAAUGAAGAGAGAGGGAUGUUUUUGAUCAGCGCGUCUGCCGCGGGGCCAGAAAUGUACGAGGUCCACACGUCAUCCAAAGAGGAACGCAACACCUGGAUGCGGCUCAUUAGAGAAGCUGUGGAGAGCUGUCCAGAAGAAGAAGAGGAAUACACAAGUGAAUCUGAGGAGGAGAAACGCGCCGCUGAGGCUCGCAUCCAAAAGAUCCACAAGUUACAAGAGAGUCUGAUGAGCCAGGACCAGCGGAUCUGCUCCAGCCUGGAGGAGAAGCUGCAGGUUUACGCGGAGCUCUCUGCUCUGAGUGGGAGGACGGACGCCUCGUUGGUUGAACCGCGGCUGCUCGUCAGCGCGCACACGGAGGAGCUGCCCCAGGCCGCUGUAUUGUUGACUGCAGCUCUGCGAGAGGUUGAGAACCUGAAAGCCACGCUGUCAUCCAAGACCUGCUCUCCAUCAAGUCACAGCCCAGACUCGGACACAGACUCUGUGUUUCCUGUCAGCCCUGCUGCACCCGUUGAGCCCCCAUCAGACUCAGAGGCCUCACCUGAAAACCCCGAGGCCGGUGAGGAGAGUUCAACAGAGUCCCUGGUUCUGCAGUCUCCGACUCUCUUGCAAAAAACAGACACGAAUGACAUUGACUUCAAGGUUGCUCAAAGCGUCCAAAGCCUGACUCAGUUACUCUACAGUCUGCAGGCCGCUGUGACCAUCCAGGACACCUGCUACAAGGUCCAGAGGCUCUUCCUCCAAGAGACAGGCCGCCCUUCCCCUCGCGCCCAGCGACCGCACCUUUCGAGCAUCCGGGGCAACACCUUGCAGGAGCAGGAGAAGCAGCGUAACUUGGAGAAGCGGAAGGAGGAGGUGGCAGAAGCUCAGCGGCUUCAGGAGCGACUGCGCCAAGAGAAAGAGCGCUGGGAGAGGGAGUGCCAGGCCAGGGAGAGCCAGCAGGGGGAGCAGGAGAGUCGGCUGGAGGAGAGGGAGAGGCAGUGCCACCUGGAGACGGAAAGGCUGCGGCGCGAGAGGGAAGAGCUGGAUGAGCAGCUGGAGGAGUACCAGCAGAGCCUGGAGCGGCUCAGGGAGGGCCAGAGGAGCGUGGAGAGGGAGCGGGAGCGUCUGGAGAACCAGCAAAAGCUGCUCCAGACCUGGAGACACAGCCGGCAGAGGAGCCUGCCCGCUGUGAUUCCUCACAUGGUCAUCCCUCUAGAUGGGCAGCAGGACUCGACGCAGAGUCAGUCCAGAGAGCACGCCGGUAAUGGCUCCGUGUUCGUAAAUGAGGCUGCGCUCACCAGCACCAGCAUCAACAACCGUCACGUCCACCACAAAAGAAAUGACCCCAGCGCGCACAAUUGUCUCAACACCCUGCUGGCAAGAUCCAACAGCAGACAGCCCCCCAUGGCUAAGACUCCCCACAGUCCACACUCGGACUCCCAGGGGUGGAUGAUGGGGACGGGGUACCUGUACAGCCCUGCAGGACGGCUGGAGCUGCAGCACACGGCCAGUGAUCUUAACAGUCAUAACUACAUCGGAGAGACAUGGUCGUCAACAGCAAGCGGACCUGACCCGUAUCCAGUUCUCCCGCAUCCCGGUGACCCUCAGUUGGACCUCAGUGCACUGGUUUCCUUAGAGACUGACAGCGGUGGGGAGGAAGGCAGUGAGGAAACCAUUGUGUACCUUUGAAUUUUGAUAAAUUUCAGACUUUCUAAACAGCCAACACAGCACUUGGAAAAAAAAGAUGAAGAAAUUCACAAAGCAUCAGCACCCAGGGUGACUACUGAGAGCAUUUCUCUUUUUAACUUUUUUAAUUCAAAAGAUUAUUUUUGUGGUCUUUUUGUAAAGUUACUGGAAACACAGGAGAGGAACAGAGAUAAAGAGGGGUGUUUCUAUCUCACAUGUGUCAUGCACCUUAGCUCGAGGCACCACUGGGUGUUCAAUGUCUCUUUAUUUUGUUUUUUUUUUGUGUGUUUGUUUGUGUGUCUUUAUUGACUGGGUCCCUGCAGCUACACCUUUUUCCCCCUCUUUGCUUGUUACUGUCCCUCUCUCACUGCCUUCUUUUCUCAGGUCCCACACAUCUCGUCCCUCGAGCGCUAUAUUUAUUAAAUUUACCACAACAGAGGAGAAAAAGUCUAUACCCAAUAUAAGCAACAUAUUGGGCCCCAUCUCUCUGGCGGCUGAUUGUGUUGCCGCGAAGCAAACUGCCCCUCUUUCAUUCAUCAGACAGGCAGCGUUUAUGUGCAAGCCGAGCAUAGCGUGAAGCACAAAACAUUAGGAUUGAGAGAUGAGGUGAGACAGCGUCACUCCCACGUUUUUCAGUCCCUCACUGCCAUCAUUUAUUUCUUCUUUCUAUCUGAAGCAUGUUUUUCUUGUUUAGAGAAAUAGCCGCAGGUGUGGUUUUAAGAGAGAUGCUGCCGCUGUGAUAAUAUGUCAUUUUUAUCAGAGCGUAGGCAUUCAGUGGUAACUGCUUCUGGAAAAAGUGAAAGGAACUUGUAGUGCAAGAAGACAGACAAAGAAAAUCAUGUUGGGUCAAACUGUUUUUAGCAGUCAUUUUCUUACAGUUUUCAUAACACAUUUCUGUCUACUUUUAGCUUCACUAGCAGCUUGGUUUUAGGGAUCAUCACACUGGUCUGUUGAUUCACUACAUCGGUCCUUUGCCAUAAAAAUUUUGUGCAGACAUUCAUGGUCCCCAAAGACAAGUUGUUAUGAUUUAAAUGAAUUUUUCUCCCGUGCCACCAUACCAGUAACAAGUAGAAUUGACAGUCAAACAAAACAUGCAUUUGAUCCUUUUUGUGCUGGGGUAAAAUUCUGAACUAUCCCAAAUACCCGUCACUUCAGCAAACUUUCGGUUGCUUCCAUUACUGGAGCUGCUUUCCUCUCAGCUAACAGUCAGUUCAACGUCUGCCAGGUUAGCACCAGCAGCAGCUAACUUCCGACACAGUCGUUAAUGUCCCAACAACAGACUGACAUCCAAACAGCUCAACUCAUUUAACCCAUGAAUAAUAUUAGGUAACCUUAGCCGUGUGAUUCAAACAGUUUGCCCUGUCACUGUGAGUGUGGCUGGUGAACUCUCACCAACUGUUGCCAAUGUGGAGCUCACACUCCCUCAGCAGCAACUACAACCCAUACAGUCUGUGCUGUGGGGACGUUGAGCACGUUGUUUUGACGGAGUUGGUAGUUCAGCGUAGCCAGAUGCCACCAAAACAUCCAAAAGUAUAGCUUUACUACAUGCCACUCCAUUGACAUUAAGGGUAUGAAAUGAAAUACUCUAUUGGCAUUAGUAUCACUUAAAGAAUACUGACAUUGUGAUUUUUUUAAAUACCCAGCCCUAAGUCCCAUCAGCCUCAGCUGUACUUUUGUGUUUAGUGCUAAAUAGCAAAUGUAAGCAUGCUAACACCCAGAAAUGA